GUUCAUAAAGCAUGCACCUUGAUUAACUUUUACAAAAGUAAAAAUUGCAAAAAAAAAAAAAAGCACUAUCCGGGUCAAAACGUAAAACAUUACCAGUAUCUUGGAAGCCUUCCUCUGGCAAAUGGUAUAUACUUUUGAGUUAAAUACGUGGAUUCGAAUGUUGACAUUUGGACUUUCUUCUUGCGUGACUCUGGUAAGUUAUUUAACCUUUCUUGGUUUCGGCAGAGCCAUCUGUGGGGUGGGGAUAAUAUUACCUCAUAAGACUAUUUAAUUGUAGCCGGGCGUGGUGGCGCAUGCCUGUAAUCCUAGCUACUGGGGACGCUGAGGCAGGAGAAUCGCUUGAACAGCCUGGGUGACAAGAAUGAAAUUCUGUCUCAAAAAAAAAGAGAAAAAGAUUAUUGAAUUGAAGAUCACAUAAUGUAAAACGUCUAUCAUAAUGCCUAAAUAUAGCUGCUCUGCAAUAAAUGGCAAUUAUUAUCAGAGAAAUGUAAUAGGUGUUCCCUAUGCCCACUUCCUGCCUUUCUUUCGCCCGUUUUUGAAAGUUGCUCUCUUUCCUAUUCCGUUUCUCCUUCCUUUUCGCCCCUCCUACUGCCGUAAAUGGCCUACUAGAGUUGUCGUGAAAUGCUCCUCCCCGCCCUCCAUGUGGCGAAAAUGCAAUCACGCUUGACGGCGCAAGGUGGCUCAGCCGCAAGAUGGCGGCGCUGGCGGAGGAGCAGACGGAGGUGGCGGUCAAGCUAGAGCCUGAGGGACCGCCAACGCUGCUACCUCCGCAAGCGGGGGACGGCGCAGGCGAGGGUAGCGGCGGCACUACCAACAACGGCCCCAACGGCGGCGGCGGGAACGUUGCGGCAUCGUCGUCCACUGGCGGGGAUGGCGGGACCCCCAAGCUCACGGUGGCUGUCUCCACCGCUGCCCCGGCGGGGGCGGCCCCGGUGCCUGCGGCUGCUCCGGAGGCCGGCGCUCCGCACGACCGACAGACUCUACUGGCCGUGCUGCAGUUCCUACGGCAGAGCAACCUCCGCGAGGCCGAAGAGGCGCUGCGCCGUGAGGCCCGGCUGCUGGAGGAGGCAGUGGCGGGCACCGGAGCCCCGGGAGAGGUGGACAGCGUCGGCGCUGAGGUGGCCAGCGCGCUUCUCAGCCGGGUGACCGCCUCAGCCCCUGGCCCUGCGGCCCCCGACCCUCCGGGCACUGGCGCUUCGGGGGUCACGGCCGUCUCAGGUUCAGCCUCAGGUCCUGCGGCUCCGGGUAAAGUUGGAAGUGUUGCUGUGGAAGACCAGCCAGAUGUCAGUGCUGUGUUGUCGGCCUACAGCCAACAAGGAGAUCCCACAAUGUAUGAAGAAUACUAUAGUGGACUGAAACACUUCAUUGAAUGUUCCCUGGACUGCCAUCGGGCAGAGUUAUCCCAACUCUUUUAUCCUCUGUUUGUGCACAUGUACUUGGAGCUAGUCUACAAUCAACAUGAGAAUGAAGCAAAGUCAUUCUUUGAGAAGUUCCAUGGAGAUCAGGAAUGUUAUUACCAGGAUGACCUACGUGUAUUAUCUAGUCUUACCAAAAAGGAACACAUGAAAGGGAAUGAGACCAUGUUGGAUUUUCGAACAAGUAAAUUUGUUCUGCGUAUUUCCCGUGACUCGUACCAACUCUUGAAGAGGCAUCUUCAGGAGAAACAGAACAAUCAGAUAUGGAACAUAGUUCAGGAGCACCUCUACAUUGACAUCUUUGAUGGGAUGCCGCGUAGUAAGCAACAGAUAGAUGCGAUGGUGGGAAGUUUGGCAGGAGAGGCUAAACGAGAGGCAAACAAAUCAAAGGUAUUUUUUGGUUUAUUAAAAGAACCAGAAAUUGAGGUACCUUUGGAUGAUGAGGAUGAAGAGGGAGAAAAUGAAGAAGGAAAACCUAAAAAGAAGAAGCCUAAAAAAGACAGUAUUGGAUCCAAAAGCAAAAAACAAGAUCCCAAUGCUCCACCUCAGAACAGAAUCCCUCUUCCUGAGUUGAAAGAUUCAGAUAAGUUGGAUAAGAUAAUGAAUAUGAAAGAAACCACCAAACGAGUGCGCCUUGGGCCAGACUGCUUACCCUCCAUUUGUUUCUAUACAUUUCUCAAUGCUUACCAGGGUCUCACUGCAGUGGAUGUCACUGAUGAUUCUAGUCUGAUUGCUGGAGGUUUUGCAGAUUCAACUGUCAGAGUGUGGUCUGUAACACCCAAAAAACUUCGUAGUGUCAAACAAGCAUCAGAUCUUAGUCUUAUAGACAAAGAAUCAGAUGAUGUCUUAGAAAGAAUCAUGGAUGAGAAAACAGCAAGUGAGUUGAAGAUUUUGUAUGGUCACAGUGGGCCUGUCUAUGGAGCCAGCUUCAGUCCGGAUAGGAACUAUCUGCUUUCCUCUUCAGAGGAUGGAACUGUUAGAUUGUGGAGCCUUCAAACAUUUACUUGUUUGGUGGGAUAUAAAGGACACAACUAUCCAGUAUGGGACACACAAUUUUCUCCAUAUGGAUAUUAUUUUGUGUCAGGGGGCCAUGACCGAGUAGCUCGGCUCUGGGCUACAGACCACUAUCAGCCUUUAAGAAUAUUUGCUGGCCAUCUUGCUGAUGUGAAUUGUACCAGAUUCCAUCCAAAUUCUAAUUAUGUUGCUACGGGCUCUGCAGACAGAACUGUGCGACUCUGGGACGUCCUAAAUGGUAACUGUGUAAGGAUCUUCACUGGACACAAGGGACCAAUUCAUUCCUUGACAUUUUCUCCCAGUGGGAGAUUCCUGGCUACAGGAGCAACAGAUGGCAGAGUACUUCUUUGGGAUAUUGGACAUGGUUUGAUGGUUGGAGAAUUAAAAGGCCACACUGAUACAGUCUGUUCACUUAGGUUUAGUAGAGAUGGUGAAAUUUUGGCAUCAGGUUCAAUGGAUAAUACAGUUCGAUUAUGGGAUGCUAUCAAAGCCUUUGAGGAUUUAGAGACCGAUGACUUUACUACAGCCACUGGGCAUAUAAAUUUACCUGAGAAUUCACAGGAGUUGUUGUUGGGAACAUAUAUGACCAAGUCAACACCAGUUGUACACCUUCAUUUUACUCGAAGAAACCUGGUUCUAGCUGCAGGAGCUUAUAGUCCACAAUAAACCGCCGGUAUUAAAGACCUUUUGGAAGCUACUGUUUUUGAAAAGGGAGACUAAAAGCAAAUACCUCAGUGAUUAAUAUUUAAGCUACAAAGAAUGUUUUUGUCUAUAUGGAUCUGGAAGUAUGCUGCUUGGAAAAUCUGAACGGGACAGUUCCACGUUUCUAUAGCAACCACAUUUGACUAAUUUCCGUUAGUUGAAUAAGAGGUAUUAUGAUCAUGGAGGGGACAUUUAUGGUGCUUUGGAUUGUGUGGAAACUAUGCAUUUUCUGUUCAAAUGCUAUUUUAAUUUAUUACGUUUAGAAAAAAAGUUGAUUUCAAUAAUUCAUCCUGCUUCAAGAUUCAAAUUCAGAAAUAUACUAUCAUCUUGAAUUUUAGCUGAAGAAUCCUAUGAGCAUGUAUGUUUCUGCUGUAAAAACGUAGUUACUGUAUGGCACUCAAAAACUGUUAAAUGAUCCACUAACUUUUUUUUUCUCGGCCCAUGAUUAGUGGAAUGUAUGUAACUAGGUGGGGUUCCUUUGUUAGAUCUAGAUGAAUUAUAACCAUCCACUGACAUCUGAAUUUAUAUACCUGUUGAGUUUUGAGUGCACCCAAACACUCGAUAAACCAGGUGAAGAAAUUUAGCUUCCAUGUUCUACUUCAGCUAAAACAGCUACAUACAACCUAGUACACUUGAAGUCAGACAGACAUUUCAGUUGCUUACCUCCAGUACUGAGCCUUGCUUUGGGAAACUAAAAGAUUUAGACCAAGUCACUGCCAGUUUUUGCCUUUGUUGCAUUUUGUACAGUUUUUAUAUUUUUGAUAUCUUGUAAAUAAAGACAACCAGCUUUUCCAGG